CUGCUCCCUUUGACUCUACGAUCUCCUCAAAGUCUCUCUUUCACUCUCAUUUUACACACACAAGCAUUAUAAUUAACGGCUACGCCACUGAGUCUAUGUGAUUUGUUCCAUUUAAAAGCAGCGGACACUAGACUCAAAACAACAUGAAGAUAGCUUCAAAAAAUGGCAGCACAUCUGUGUACAAUCAUCUCGCUGUUGAGUGCAGUGGUAGUGCCAAUGCUUAAAGCAGAGUUGAUAGUGAACGCAACUCCAACAACCUUUACUGUCGGCCUGACCAAAAAUGUAAAGAUUGAAUGUUUGUUCUCAAGGGAUCAAAGUACAAAUCUUGUGUUUAUAACAUCCCUGAACCUGGCUCACUCCAAGACAACCGACAAUCCAGAGUUCCAAGAUCUCAUCUCUAUAACUUCUUUCGACUCUCAGGUUUAUGGAAGUGUCAAUACAACUCACACACAGGUUUACGGCGUCAUUGACAACAAGGGGAAAUCAUUUCUGGGACUUGUUUGGCAAUUCCCGACUGUUGAUAGAGCCGGCGUGUACAAGUGUGAAGCCACUGGGCUAAACAAAAUGGGAAAGCAUGUUUCUCUGUCUAACUCCACAAACAUCACUGCUUUGAAUCCAGAGAAUAGUCAGGUCCUUGAGUUAGUCCAUACACUAAUUAACAAAGUGGAACGCCUUGAGGAAGAAAUAAAGGUGGAAAAUAAAAUAGAUCAGAAUUCAAACUAUACAACCAAUAUUCAAUCUCAGUUAAAUAAAACCAAUACUAAAAUUUAUUAUUUGGAAGAUCAAAAUAAUAAACUAACUAAACUUGUGGAAAAUUACAAGUCCCGUUUAGAUAAGCAAGACUAUGUAAUAGAUGAACUAAAGGAAGCAAAUAAAAGUCUUACAAUAGAUAUGGACCAACUGCAAAUGAGAAUGUCCGACGUGAAUAGACCACUGGGAGAACUUCUUCGAUUUAAAGACACUAUAAACGGCACCUUUAAUUCUCUUGAAAAUGCUUUUUUGACGCCAACUCAUCCGUAUAACGGAAAGAGGUACUGGCUGACCAAAAACCACGGUUCCGUGACCCCCAUCUUGGCACUUUUGUUCUGCCAGUUUCGUGGCGGCUAUUUGGCUGAAAUUGACUCGCCAGAGGAGUACACAUUCGUGAGGGACCACUUGUUGACAAGAAGUGAAGUGGAUUUUGUAUACGUCAGCGGAAGUGACGAGGAACAGGAAGGGCUUUGGAAACACUGGAACAGCAAAACAGAACUGACAUAUUUGAAUUGGGGAGAUAAUGAAAACAUGGGAGGGCGUCAAGAAAACUGCAUUGCGUACCAUAGAGGACAUAGUUGGCUGUUGGUUGAUGUGUCGUGUCAAAUAUUAACUGAAUUCAACAAAGACGUCGGUUACAUGUGUGAAUUACCUUCAUAAUUUCUUUUUGAUUCCUUUUUAAAUAAUAAAUACAAUCUUAUA